AUGUGCUGCCUGGGAGGGUUAAUUACCAGCGGACGCUUAGCACAUCAAAAGUACACAUGCUUCUUAGAGGAGGAACGGAAGAAAAAAUACAAAACUGCCGAAGCGGCAAAAGCCGAAAAAAUGAGACUUGAGCAAGAAAAAGAAAAUUUGAAAGAGAUAGAAUCGAAGAAACAGAGUAUUGAAGACCUUGAAGUGAAACUCAAAGUAGCACAGAAAGAGCAAGACAUGAAGAAACAAAGCGCUGACGCUCUGUUAUCAGAAGCAAAUAAACGAUUACAAGUAGCGCUUAAAAACCAGGAUUUACAAGCAGCCCAAUUGGCACAAGGUUUGAUUGAGGGUGCCGAAAAAUUACGAGAACAAGAGAGAACUCAAGAAAAUGUUGCAUCCCGAUUGGCUAAGCAAGUAGAAAAAAGAAAGAGUGGACUGCUAUCAGAUUUAUUUGCCAAGAAACAAAAAAUAACCAAAGAUAUUUAA